CUACGCUUCCUGCACGGCCGUUCGGGAAGCGGCUCCUGCUUCUCUCCCUUCACCAGCCCGUCUGGCUUUUCGCGCUUUUUCGUCCCUCGGCGCCUCCCCUCCUCCCUCUUAGACUCCACUGCUCUCGCUAUCGCAGGAGCACCGCACCUCACCCGCUUCGAUCCCAAACCACCACCUCCACUCCGCUUCUGCCACAAAAUCAAUCAUUACGUUUCCACCGUCUCGUCCCUUUCUACCCAGACUCACCUAAAAACCACGAUCCUCGAUCGCUACUUCGAGACCCUCCCAUAUUGCAGAUCAGUGGAAAAUCUUUGUUCGACCUCCCUUGGCCAUCCUCGUUACUCAAGGACUCCCCACUUCGUCAUAAGUCGUUCUGUCGUCGCACAUCUACGCGCACCUGCGUCCUCGAAUUACCAAGCUGGACAACAAAGCCAGGUCCUAGAAACAGACAAAAAAGGCAGGCCACAGGCGGACGACACUCUGUUCAAGUCAGUCGUGCUGGGACAAAAGCUCCUAGACCACCGUUUCACUUCUCCAGCAGCUCUCAAUACUCAGUACCUCGAGUUGAGAGAUUGCAGCUCAUGAGUCGCUUCUCAUGACUACCAUUCUACAGGCUCCUCUUCCAGGAGCCUCGCCUUUCUCUUCGAGCCCACUACAGUCAUCUUCCUACACGAAUGUGGCGGCUCUCGACGAUUCCUUAUCCUACGGUCAAACUCCUAAGCAGCACCCUACAUACUCGCCUCAUGACUACGCUAGGAUGUUCCCAGAUUCCGCACCCUCGACCGCCCCGUCCUCUCCUCAAUUGACCUACACGAGCUCAUCUAGGCGAGACUCUUAUUCCUCAACACCUGCAAGUAGUCUUUCGUUGGAGAGAGAUAACAUUGACGACGGCGACGACGACGAUGAUGACAUGGCGUUUCCCGCAUUUGAAAACGCGACUAUACCGCACAAGCCAUAUCAAAGCUCGGUCGGGCAAGAAGAAGUUGCCGGUCAGGUGCCGGGCUCUGCCGUAAUCGACGUUUCCUCCCUCCCAACCCACACACGGGACGAUCACGCCGUGAAGCCAGAGCCUACGAGACAUGUCGACUAUUUGUCUCACGAAUGGAAAGAAGAAGAUAUAUGGCACUCGUGGAGCUACGUCUCUCACCGGAGAGGAUCACUGGCUAAUGGGACGAGGCUAGAGAAUGCCUCUUGGCGGUCGUGGAUGAAGGCCAAAAACCACCUGAAAACCGUAUCACCGGAAACUCUCAAUUGGCUCAAGGACUGUGACGUGACCUGGCUAUAUGGCCCUUUACAGACCAUCAGAAGUACGGCUCAAUCCGUAGAACAGACUUCUCCUCCACCCAGCCGGCUAUCUCAUUCAUCCUCAUUCAUCUGCAAGAAGCCGAUUCUUAAGAAGAAAUCUGCUUCGGCUGCGAUUCUCGAACGGUCGAGGUCACAACAUUCUUUACUCCAGAGAGCCAGUGACAUUAUAAGGAUUCAGCAAUCGAGUCCAGCUCAUGGCCGACCCAUUCUCAGGCGAGGCAACUCGGAAUUUACGUUGCCUCGGUAUCCCAACAGCUCGGUGGUCAGCACUCCUGCCGAGCACGAUAUCCCUGGUUUCGUGGGACCACGAUCGUCAUUUGCAUUGCCCGAUGCUCCUACUCCUUCGGAGUGCAAACACGUUCUAUUCGAUGAAGAAGUCAGGCAAGUACAAGCUAUUGAUUCUGAAGAGGACGACAAGCCCGACGAAACUGAUGCCGCGAGCUUUGAAGACGACGAAGAUGACGAUGGUGGUCUCAUGAUGGCUCCGGCUCGCACGUCAGGAAGCGCCAGUAAUCGGGCCACACCUCGUGGCAGCUUCAGCAAUGAGUCCAAGACGAUUGUGCCAUUGCCCUCGACCACACUUAAAUGCCGAACUGACACACCUGAACCGCCUGAGGCGCUCAAUGGCCAGAUUGGACUGUGGCCUAAGUUGUCACCCUCGCCGUCCCAGGAGACACUGAGACCUUCUAGGCCAAGCCACAACUUUCUCAUUGAUGACGACCCCGAAGUAAACGAUGAGCCUUGGCAACCUCAGUCUUCCCUGGGAGGGGAUGGAUCGCCUUACGACGAUGACGAUGAAGACGACAACCAUCCACAUAUGAGGAGAACCGCGUCUGGUAUGUUUAUGCCAUAUGACGAAAACGACGAAGAAGCGGCCCUGAACCAUUCUUUGUUCGGGCAAGCGAUGUACGCGGUCAACACUUUCAAGGAUAUUGCCCACGUUGUAUGGAAUGUGGGGUGGAAUCGAAGAUGACUAUAAUGACUCACUCACUGGGAGGGAUGUUGAUUUUGAACGGUACCAGCAGCAUAGCGUCGGCGUUCUGGGUAAGUGCGUCUCUACAACUAUUGAAUCACGACCAAUCUUUGCACCCGCAUGGACGGUUUUUCGAGAGGGGAACAGCAAAUCGCUGCCCCACGAUUAUGGGCGGAAAAUUGAUUGUUAUUGAUGGGUCUGCCACGCGGGCGAGCACAGCAGCACCUUGGGAUAUUCCUGACUGUAUAUAUGGUGGACAACUGGGACAGAUUGCUUGACAAUGUGGCGGAUUGGACAACAUAUCGGGCAGCUAUAGACGGCAUCCAUCAUAGAAGAAGGGGAACUGAUUUCAAGGUUGAAAGCUGGUCGGGCUUGCUAUUAUGUUUGUGAGAAGGGCAGGGCAUGGAACGAGGACGCUGGCAGAUGCAUUUACCCCUGGCUUCGGCUCUGAAGGUGGUGCCACUGCCAGAUUCUUGGGUAUCCUGCUGGCUUGUGGUUCGCUGUGCGGAAAGCGCAAGAGCACAAGCCGCAAACACCUCGCCUUGCAUCUCCGAAGCAGAGAGGCAGAUCGGCAUGGAAUUGAAUCAGAUGACCUUGGGCCAAGAAAUUCCAGUAACAAUUCAUCGCUCGUCCGUCGUGUCACUUGUCUCAACGUUCUCCAGCCUCCGGUUUUGCGGGG